GGCACCACCUUGGCACCAUCUUCAAGCUAGACUCUUCAUUCGCGUUUACAAAGGAUGUGAAUCUGCCCAGGAACAACUCGAACAUUUGGCAAGCAGUACCUGUCGCCAUCUUUGUUAGGGUCACGAUGACUUCCGGCCGGGGCGGAAAAGAAUCUAAUCCAUUUGUAGGGUCUGGGUUGAUAAGGGCGGGAAUUUGGCCCGGUCGCUCCUCGCCCUCUGGCGGCUCCAAACAGCGGGCCGGCUUGCUUUGACUACCUGCCUGCUCCCAGAUCCAAACGGAGAGUCCCCAGGGGGUGACUUUCGGGGUUCGGGCUUACAGAUGGGCGAUGAGGGGCCGGGAAGCACGGUGCAUCUGCUGUGCCUCGCAGCCUCCAGCGGGGUCCCCCUCUUCUGCAGGAGCAGCAGCGGCGGCGCCCCCUCCCGUCCACAGCUCCCUUUCUCUGUCAUCGGCUCCCUCAAUGGAGUCCACAUGUUCGGGCAGAAUCUGGAUGUGCAACUGAACUCUGCAAGAACGGAAGACACGACCGUGGUGUGGAAGAGCUUCCAUGACAGCAUCACGCUCAUUGUGCUGUCAAACGAGGAGGGCACCUCUGAGCUGAGGCUAGAAAGAAUGCUGCACAUGGUGUUUGCAGCCAUGGUUCUCAUCGUGGGACUUGAGGAGCUGACAAAUAUCAGGAAUGUAGAGAGACUGAAGAAGGAACUGAGGGCCAGCUACUGCCUCAUCGACAGCUUCUUGGGGCACUCGGAGCUCAGCGGGGACCUGACGCAGUGUGUGGACUGUGUCAUUCCUCCAGAGGGGGCCCUGAUGCAGGAAACACUGUCAGGGUUUGCAGAAGCCACUGGCACGGCCUUUGUCAGCCUCCUGGUAUCAGGUCGAGUGGUGGCAGCAACCGAGGGCUGGUGGCGCCUGGGCAUGCCUGAAGCUGUGCUGAUCCCUUGGCUGGUGGGGUCCUUGCCACCGCAAGCUGCUCGUGACUACCCUGUGUAUCUGCCCCACGGGAGCCCCACGGUCCCACAUCGGUUGUUGACACUGACGCUGCUGCGGGGCCUGGAGCUGUGUCUGCUGUGUGGGCCACGCCCACCCCUCAGCCAGCUGGACCCACAGCUGCUGGACCGCUGGUGGCAGCCACUACUAGAACCCCUCCGAGCCUGCCUGCCUCUGGGCCCUAGGGCGCUGCCCGAUGGGUUCCCACUGCACAGUGAUAUCCUUGGGCUGCUGUUGCUCCACUUGGAACUGAGACGCUGCCUCUUCACAGUGGAGCCCUCGAAGGAUAAAGAGCCUUCUCCUGAGCAGCGCAGGCGCCUCCUCAGAAACUUCUACACCCUGGUGGCCAGCACGCACUUCCCACCAGAACCAGGGCCUGCAGAGAAAGAAGAUGCAGUCCACCCAGCCCAGACGCCCAGAGCCUGCUAUCUUGUGCUAGGGCCAGGCACGGGGUGGCAGCUGGUGGCUCUGCAGCUAGGGCUGCGCCUGCUACUGCUGAUGCUGUCCCCUCAGAGCCCCACCCAUGGGCUUCGGAGCCUGGCCACCCAUACUCUGCAAGCCCUUACCCCGCUCCUUUGAGCACCUGGGGGUAAGCAGUAAAUAGACGGGAUAAUA